AGGCCACUCGGGGUUCCGCCUUCAAGGCUUUUUGAGUGUCCGGGUUGCUGGGUCGGGUGCUGGUCAGCGGCUUCCCGCUCACCUCCCGGAAAAUGACGGCUUCUCGCGGGCCUCGGAGGGCACCUCGUCGCCGUCCCUUCUCUUCUUGGAGCUCCGUUGGGAAUCUUUUGGUGACGCUCGCGCUCUGGUUACCCGCAUCCACCGAUGCCUGUGAUGAGAUACCAAGAUAUGACUCUAUGAAAGCCAAGGGUAAUCCUGUGCCCCCUGUAAGUGCUGGGUUCGCAGUAGAAUAUGAGUGUCGCCCAGGAUACAGGCUUAUUGUUCCUCUUGUUCGACCCACCACUACUGUUUGUCAGCUUGAUGGCACAUGGGCACCUCGUCUCCAGGAGGCCUGUAAAAGAAAAUCAUGUCCACAGCUAGCAGAGCCCCUAAAUGGCCGCCUAGAAGGAAAUUUUCAGUUUGGUUCACAGGCUAGCUACUCUUGUAAUGAGGGAUAUUACUUAGUUGGAACACCAGUUCUACGUUGUGAACUUGCUGGAGAUGGGAAUAAUGUGGCUUGGAGUGGUGACCCCCCACAGUGUGAAAAGAUUUUGUGUCAGCCACCUCCACAAAUAGGCAAUGGAACAUUCAGCAAUAGCCACAAGGAUACAUUUGAAUAUAAUGAAGUAGUCAUUUACCGUUGUAAUCCUUCGAAUGGGCCAGAUGAAUUUUCACUUGUGGGAGAGAGCAGACUGAUUUGUUCUGGGCCAAACAAAUGGAGUAGUGACCCUCCUGAGUGUAAAGUGGUCAAAUGUCCAUAUCCAUCACUCCCUAAUGGAAAUAUUGUGUCAGGACUUGGGAAAAAAUAUUACUACAAAGCAGAAGUUGAGUUUGAAUGCAACCAGGGUUAUUCCCUUCAAGGCAGCCGCAAAAUUAUCUGUGAAGCUAACAAUACCUGGGUACCCGAGAUUCCUCGCUGUCUUAAAGUGGUGACUUCUCCUCCCAGUACCACACCUCCGAUUUUGAGUCCUUCAGUGUCAACUCCUCCCAGCACAAAACCUCCAAUUUCCAGUGUCACAGGUGUCACGCCUAGUCCAUCAACCAAGCCUCCAGUUUCAAGUAGUCCAGGACAUCCCCCUCCUGAUGAAACACCAUCUCAAUCAUUAGGAAAACAGAAGGCACUGCUGCCUACAGCACAUACCAGAAUAAAUCAAGCACUCCAGCACAGUAGACUCUCUGACGGACUUUCCAGAACACUCUACCACUUCAUCUUUUUUAAAAUGUCAAGAAAGACCCACAUUAAAUUCGAUGGCUACUAUGCAAAACAGCAUGGAGGGCCCUCAAAAUUAAAACCGGAGCCACCCUGUGAUCUUACGGGAAUAUACCUGAGUGAAGGGAAAUCCCUGUGGAAGAGAGAAUCUUCUGCCCCUCCCUGUUUGUUGCAGCACUAUUUACAAUAACAAAGACAUGGAAGCAGUCUGAAGUGUCCGUCAACCAAUCAGUGGAUAAGGGAGAUGUAUGCACAUACAGUGAAAUACUAUUCAGUCAUUAAAAAGGAAAACGUGCAUUGGCCCUCAGGACAUUUUGCUAAGUGAAAUAAGUCAUAUAUAUAAAGAGAUAACUACUGUAUGAUCUUUAUAUGUAGAGUCUAUUUUAAACUCAUCAAAGAAGAAAUCAGAUUUGUGGGUGGUGGGGUGAGAGAAUUGGAUGAAGGUAGUGGUCAAAAGAUUCAAAUUUAGUUAUAAGCACGUAUUGGAAUGUAACGUACAGCAUGGUGACUAUAACUAGUAAUACUUUAUUGCAUAUUGGCAAGUUCCUUAAAGAAUAGAUCUUAAAAAUUCUGGUCACAAGGAAAAAGAUUUUUUUUUUUUGUAAUUAUGUGAGUUGAUAGAUGGUAACUAAAAUUUGCUCAUCAUUUCAUAAUAAACUUAUCAAAUCCUUACGCUGUACACCUUAAACUUAGAUAAUGUUACAUAUCAAUUACAUCUCAAUGAACUAGAAGGGGGAAAAGAUCUACAGAGGCGUUCUCUGGUUUAUUUCACUGUGAAGGCAUAAUGCUAACCUCUCAACGCCGCUUGGAUGUAGUCACUAUCCUUUGACCCCUCUGAAAUGGGUGUGAACUUGGGAAUGAACAUCUAGCCUGGUAUCCCUUAAAAAAACAUUGGCAUUUAUAGAGCAAUUCAACACAGUGCCCUUGGAUUAUGGUAGGGAAAUGAUGUUUUUUUAUAAACUCUGAAUAUUUAGAGAAGUAAAGUAUAGUUUAAAAUGAGACAUUUCAUCUAUAAAGAACGUGAUUUUGCAAUGUUCAUUUCCAAAGUUAAUACCAACUUUCAAGACUUUGAACAACUCUAUUAUGUGUAUUGUAGAUAGUUUAUUGUAAAAAGUCUGUACAAAUAUGUGUAUAUUGCUUCAGCCCUUAAAAAUUAAAAACAAUUGUCACUGAAAACUGGGAAUUUGAGUAAGUGUGACCUCCUUAACUAAGAAUAUUAUGGGAAAGUAAUUUUACAGGGGAUGGGAUAAGUUUCUAUUUUGCAAAAUAUAUUUUAACUUCUUGGUGAUUUAGAGAAGCCAUGAAGUUAAUGUGUGGCAUUUGUUGUUCACCUUUUCUAACAUCAACAAACCAGCCUGAGAAUAACAAUUUAGGCUCAGUUGCUUGCUUCUGUGAAAAGUUAGAGGGCGCUAACAUUCCUAACACGAAUGCCCGCUUGGCACAAAGUGAACACUGUGGCCUUGUUGUUUUUUGGGGGAGAAUUCCCCUCUUUAAGAGAGAACAUAGAAUGCGCUCUGAAUUCUGGCCUAGGGGGUUUUCUCUCCCAACUUGAAUAAAAAGCUCUCUCACUUCAGUAAGAAACCUGACAGUAGUUUGUAGGGAGUAAAUUCAACAGAUGUCCCAAGUUGCAUCAGAAUUAGUCUUUGUGUGGGUCUCACCUCACCUGCUAAAAGGCAGAGUAAACAUUAAGCCACAUAUUUCAGAAAAACAAAAACCUAAACUUUGUGUGUUGGUGGUUGGUCCUAUGCAGAGGAGAAAAAUCACGUAGCUCAGGUAUCACUUUAUGCUCAGGUGGACCAGAUCCCUCCCUCUCUGAGUCCUCACACCUAGCAGGGUCUCUUUCAGAUGAGCCAUGGGCAAAGGGGAGGAACUGCCACUCUCAUUUAUUCUUGAAGGGGUUGUUUUUAAUUAUAUUUUUAUUUUUAGUGACUCAAAUUGGUCUGAAGAAAUGUUGCCCUGAGAGGGACAUGUUUGGAAAAUCUGAGUGGCCCAGAGUAAAUACUAUUUUACUCUAUAAAGUGUCCCUUCCCUUUGUAAUCUCUGGGGAGGGGCAUUUUUUCAACCAAAGAUUGUUAUGCGUCCCAAAAUUAACUUUUAUAAUAGUGCUUCAAGUUUACUCUUUUUUAAUUUUAUAUGAGAUAUAUGCAUAUAACUAUUACGUUGUGAAAUUCUGUUACUGAACUAUGUGGGGAAACCACUUUUAUGUAGAAAAAUUUGUUUAAAUGACAGAGGAGGAAGUAUAUUUGAAUUAAGUGUUUCUUAAAACGAGAAGAAUGUAUUUGCAUUGAAGUGGGAAGCCCCACGAAUGGAGGUCUUUAUUGCUUUUUGAAAAAUGUGUUCUUAAAAUCUGAUAAAAUAAAAUGUAGGGUGGGUUAAA